UGUGACGCGAUCGAAAGCGAGUUUAUUCGGUAGCGCGCCUCCAUCUAGAGAACAUCAAGGUGGUCGCAAUAACGACAUAAACGCAUUGAUAUAAUUUCAUAUUUGUCUGUUACAAGCGAUAUUUCCGCAGUUUACGUAUUUUUUUACGGCCAACAAGCGAGCGUACAUAAGUGGUAAUAGCGCUCCUUAUCAGUUUGGCGUACAGCGUUUGGAUUAUAAUAGCGAUUUAUAGCAAUGGCAGCAGCAGCAGCGGCUUUAGUACAAGAAUUCCAUAAAUCUUAAAAACAUUUAUGGUGGAUAAUUUAAAAAAAGUUCUUACAACGUUUUAGCCAUAAAAAGUAUUGAAAACAACAGCUUUGAAAUUUUUUGGUGAAAUUCUACAGCGAAAAACAAUUACUACAACAGAGUGGCAACAAUUUUUACGAUAAAAGCACACAUUUUGCAACACUGAAACAGCAUUGAAAGCAAUUGACAGCGUCAAAAGAGCUGACAGCAACAACAACAACAACUAUAUAGAAAGCAGAGAGACAGUGAGCGGAGAAGAGCGUACCAUAUAUAGUUUGACAUUUGUUGAUUCUGACAAGCGUUUAGCAGUGGCCGCAGCUAAAAGGAAUCGAAGAAAAGUAAUCGACCAAUAGUCCGGAGUGCCAAAUUUUCGACGGCGCGUUCCGUUUGGAAACUGUGUUAAUUUAGAUAAAAAUUUGGUUAAAAUUAAAAAUAGGAAUCGCAGCACUGCACGUUACCUGUGUGUGUUCCGUAAUUUCGUGUGUAUAUUCCUGCAACGGUCGUUCAUAUUAGUGUGCAAGCAAUUCGACGAGCCACAUGCGUUAAUUUGACAGUUGCGUGCAGCUGUCUCGUCGUCGCCUUCUUGUUUUUGUGGUGUCCGAUUCGAUGCUGAUACGAUCCGAGAUUCCCUCAAAAAGUGUCAAAAGUGCGUUUUUGUGUUUAUUUUUGGAAUUCAAGUGUUUGCUGUUGUCUUGUACAGGCCACAAAAGGCACCAAUAAGAGCCCCACAUUCACCGUGUUUACGCUGCUUGUACGCGAUUUGUUACAAUUUAGUGUUGAAACGAAUGAGAAAGUGAUAUUAUUGUAGUGUUGAGGUUUGCAGUGACGUGCCGUGUCGUGCCGUUUGAUAUUGUCUAUCAAAGCAAGUGCUCCUGCUAACUGACUGCCGAUUACGGUGUAUUAAAAGCGCCUACGGCAAUAACAACCAACAGUACCAUUGCAACUACAAACAACCGCUAACCAACAGCAGUUGCUAACAAGUGUGUUUGUGUAUUUUAUUUAAUAAAGGUGUAAACAUAAAGUCGUCACGGUGGAGAACUUCUACCUUAGAAUGGAUCCUACGCGAGGUGACUCGCGCUACAACCUCAACUACCCCAUGAGCGGUAUCGGCCUAAGUUUGGCCGAUCAAGCCGACAUAUAUGGUGGUAAUCCAGCGGCUGUCAGUGCGCUGGGCGGUCGUCCACCAUCAGGCGGCCUCAUACAGCCGAUGGGUGUUGGUGCCGGUGGUGGAUUCAGUUCACGUUCGAGCGGUCUCAUGCCCAAUAGCACACAGUGUCAAUCGUUGGUUAGCGGCAGCGGCAACAGUACAGGUGGCCAUACAAGUCAACAACGUGGUAUCAAACGUGCUGGUUCCGAUUGUUAUGAAGAUCAUCAUCGUAGUAGUAGUGCUACGGGCAUGUCAACGCAAUCGUUGCAAGGACUCGAUUGUGUUGGUGGUAGUGCGCAACAAAGUGCACAACAGCAACAGCAGCAGCAGCAACAACAGCAGCAGCAACAGCAACAACAACAGAGUCAAGUGAGCGGCAACGUGCCGGAUGUGGUGGACGACAGUUAUACUGCGUUGCAAAACAAAAAGUCACCUCCUGCCAAUGGCAAGAAGACAAAAGGGCGAGUCAAAAUCAAAAUGGAAUAUAUCGAUAAUAAAUUGCGUAGAUAUACGACAUUUUCCAAACGUAAAACCGGCAUCAUGAAGAAGGCAUACGAAUUGUCCACACUAACCGGCACUCAAGUAAUGCUGCUGGUCGCCUCAGAGACCGGACACGUCUAUACGUUCGCCACCCGCAAAUUACAACCAAUGAUCACAUCCGAGGCUGGUAAACAACUCAUACAAACAUGUCUCAAUUCACCGGAUCCGCCCAGUGUGGGUGGCGGUGAUCAACGCAUGUCAGCGACUGGCUUCGAAGAGACCGAGCUGAGCUAUAACAUAGCGGACGAGGACUCAAAAGUAAGACAAUUAAUUUACGGUCAUCAUGGUCACGCCCAUCUCAGUCAUCCGCAAGCGCCUGCAUCACAUUACGGACUCGAGCAGAGUAUAAUGCAAUCGCCAUAUAGCGGUGGACAGCCAUCGCCACUUUCGCAUGCGCAAGCGUAUGCAACACAUGGUGGACAUGCGCAUCAUACGCACGUGCCACAUGUGCCACAUUCGACACACUCGCAUAUGUCGCAUACGCAUGCGCAGCGAUAGGUGUCUAUGUGUGUGUGUGUGUGUGUGGGUGCCAGGCCUACAAAUGUUGGCCAUGACGAGGCCUACGUUAAGCGUUAGAAUAGCAAAAUGUAAAAGCGAAAGUGUACGGAGCUUUUCGGCGAACUUUCAUGCUUUCGUGUAAGCUUUCACUACAGCUUUCUUGUGUGCGCAAAAGCGUUAGUACUCGCUACUGCAGCUUAACGUUAGUUUAUUCAUAUUUGAGGGAAAUUAAGAAAAAAAAUAUGGUGUCAGCUGUCAACUGUCAGCUGUCAUAUCAUAUGUUUAUUAGUUAACUACUCGACUUUUUCACUUUUUUCAACGCGUGUACUUAAAUAAUUAACUAAUUAGUGCAAAAUACAAACAUUCCAAACUACCGUUAUUGUGGUUUACAAAUAGUAACUCAUACUAUACGUAAGCUUUCUUAACUCCAAUUCUGCUUAGUUGUAUGUAACGAACAUAAACGAAUAUGAUCAAUGAUCUCGCCUUUAAUUAGAACAUAAAUGCUCAGUAAUUUAAUAUGCUAUGAACUAUAAAGCGAUAUAGAAUACAUAUAUUAAAAGAAAAUACAAAAAUACAAAAAAAAAAAACAAAAACAAAUACAAAAAUUAAAUUAAAACGUACGAAAAUACGAAACUAGUCAUUUAUGAUGAGUUGACACGAUUCUAAAAAAGGUAAUAAGACAAAAUCCAACACAGAAACCACAAACAUACAUACAUACGUACAGACCCGAAUAGCGUUAGCUACUCUCUCGUACAUACUACCUACCCACUCGUACAUACAUACCUAUUUACAAUGAUUCUGAUUGUAAUCUCAAGUAAGUUGAACUGUGCCAUAUUUUCGCUUCAAUUUCACGCAAUUGAAAACAAAAACAAAAACAAAUAGAAACUAAAGACAUGUUUUUAGCACGUACUGCAGCAAUGAAGUGUAGCGCGCUUUUAGGCGCACACACCUUGUGUCGUCUCACUUCGGCUACACUUCGUGCAAUGACAACAACGUGCAUUCCAGUGCCAUAAAUUGGAGCUUAUACUGUGUACCCACUCUAGAGCACAAUAGCAUAGCAACAAAUAGUUGUUAUUGUAGUAAAAUGUCAAAAAAAUGAAGGUGAAAAGAGCGCGCAAAGAGAGCAACUAGUGAAUUUUUUUUUUAAUUAUUUAAAAAAAUAAAAUAAAAUCUUAAACUGAAUUCAGUGCCAUUUUUGAACCAACUCGAAGGCUUUACGUUUUCAACGGCUAUUUUGCGGGAAAUAAAAAAUUAAAAAGUAGAAAACAACAAAAGUGAAAAUGAAAAAUAAAAAAUUAUAAAAAAAUAUUUUUUUAAAUAUUUUUUUUUUUGAAAAUAAAAAUAUUUUUUUUUAAAUAAUUUUUUUUUUGCGUCGAAUUUGUGCAAUAAAUGUUUUACAUAUUUAAUUACCAAUUACAUACAUAAAUGAAACGAUAUAGUUAUAUAAACAUACAUACAAACAUAUAUUUAUAUAAUAGAGAACAUAUAAUAAUAAACUGCUGCAGAGUCUAUGUAGUGGUAGCGCAUGGCGGAUAUCUGAGAUUGAGCGUGAUCAGUUGUAUAAUGUGUUUGUUGUUUUCAUAUACAUACAUACAUACAUGUAGUAUAUUAAAUAUGUAAGUAGUAAGUGUUUAGUUGUUGUAAGCAUAUAUACAUAUACAUAUAUACGUAAAAGAAAUUAUUAGACACAGUUGCUUAUUAUUGUUAUUAAUUUAAUGUAGAUUUGCAAAAUCAAAAAGACAAAAAGACAGCAUUUGAAUGCAAUAAAUGCGUGCGUGUAGUGGUUAAAGAGUUUAUGGUGUGGUGAGAAAAAAUUAAAAAAAAAAAAUAAUAAAUAUAAAAAUAUAAUAAAUAUUAAAAAAAAU